AUGAAACUCGUCCUUGCCUUCCUUGCCGUGCUGGCGGCCUCGGCUUCAGCCAGCGAUUCCCACUGCGUACGUAUCUGCCUCAGCAAUCAAUCCCAAGCAGCCAUCGCACCUUCCCGUUCCCUGACAUUCGACUCUCCAGUGCAAUGCCCUGAGCGCAGCCGGUCUCGGUGAGCGCUUGAUCGCGCCUUCUUCGUCCGAGACUUACGAGGCCCACCUGGGCAAGUACUUCUCCACCGCCGCUCAGCUAUUGCCGCACUGUUUCUUCAAACCGCGUAGCACAGAAGAAGUCUCCAAAGCAAUCACGGCUCUCGUCGCCGCGAAUAAGACCCAGCCAUGCCAGUUCGCCGUCCGGAGUGGCGGUCACAUGCACUUCAAGGGAGCCUCGGGCAUCGCAGAUGGCGUCACGAUCGAUCUGGCAGACAUUAACCAAGUCGUCUACCGUGCUGAAGACGAGACGGUGGCUGUUGGUCCCGGCGCAGUCUGGGGAGAUGUCUACAGCUAUCUCGACAAGAUCGGCAAGAUGGUCGUUGGAGGCCGCUCUUACUCCGUUGGCGUGGGCGGCUUGGUUCUGGGCGGUGGCAACUCCUACCAUGCAGCUCGACGAGGAUUGGUAUGCGAUAACGUUGCCGCCUUUGAAGUCGUGCUGGGAGAUGGCAGUGUCGUGACGGCCACUCGCGAGGAGAACAGUGACCUCUUUCAAGCGCUAAAGGGAGGUUCCACCAACUUCGGUAUCGUCACUCGAGUCGACCUGGAGGCAUUCGAAGGAGGCAACAUCUUUGGCGGCCUGAUCUUACGUACCGCCGGAACCGCCGAGGAGCACUUCCAGGCUCUCGUCAACUUCGGCGACAAGAUACACGAGGACCCAUACGGUUCGGCCAUCGUCAUCGACGUCUAUAUCGCCUCUAUGCACCUGCAUGUCUUCAUGAAUGCCUUUGACUAUACCGCUCCCGUGAAGCGACCAGCUGUGUUUCGGGAAUUCUUCGAGAUCGAGAGUCCUCCCAUCUCCGACACAACGGGAAUCCGCAACAUGACCGACCUCGCCAAGGAGCUGGAAAUGCCCAAGACACAUCGCGUCCAAUUCUCCACCCUGACAUUCAAGAAUGACAUUCGUGUCCUCCGCAAAGCUCAUGCACUGUUUAAACAGGUGAUCGCCAAAUUGGAAGAGGAGGCCUCUGGUGAUUGGAGGGCCAUGGCCCUCUACCAACCCAUUCCCACCCUGUUCGCCGAACACAGCAAGGGAAGAGGCGGAAAUCUGCUCGGCCUUGAGCGAUUCGACGAGAAUCUCAUCAUGUAUGAGCCGUACAUGAUGUGGAAGGGAGCCGAGCAAGACGAACUUUUCGAAUCGCAAGCCGCCUGGCUCCGAGCCGAAGUCUCCAAGUACGCCGAGAGUAUCGGUGCAGACAAUGAGUUUCUGUACCUCAACUACGCAGAUAUCGCGCAGAAGCCACUCGAGAGCUAUGGAGCGGAGAACGUGGCCAAGAUCCGCAAGGUGGCGGCCAAGUACGACCCCGAAGAAGUCUUCCAGAGGAUGAUGCCCGGUGGGUUCAAGAUUUCCAAGGUCGAUCCGGAGUUUGGGAAACUCCUCGACGACACCAAGGCGCAGAGUCGUGAGCAUUCUGAGCUUUGA